AUGGAUCGUGUGCAUUUUACUAUAAACGAUAAACCGUAUAGCGUGGGCGGUGAGUUCCCAGUGCAUACGACUUUGAACGAGUUCAUACGGCGCCAUGCGGAGCAGCGCGGCACCAAGUACAUGUGCCUUGAGGGUGGCUGCGGCGCCUGCAUCGUCAACGUGCAGGCAGCGCGGCCCAACACAAGGGAAGUAGUCACAUUCUCUGUCAACUCUUGCCUUGUUUUAAUAAUGUCGUGCGAUGGCUGGGAUAUUACCACCGUGGAGGGCAUCGGCAACAGGAAAAAAGGUUACAAUAUUAUUCAAAAGCGCCUUAACCAUUAUUUCGGGUCUCAGUGUGGAUAUUGCAGUCCCGGCUUUGUUAUGAGCAUGUACAGCCUAAUUAAAGAUAAGGGCCAUUUAACUGAAGAGGAAAUAGAGAAAUCGUUUGGCAGUAAUUUAUGCAGGUGUACUGGCUACCGUCCAAUACUGGAGGCGUUUAAAUCAUUUGCUAUUAACGCCGACAAACAAGUAUUGGACAAAAUAAAAGAUAUAGAAGAUAUCACCGAGCAAACGUGUCCAAGGUCAGGCAAGAAAUGUGGCGAAUCAUGCGACAACUAUGAAGAUUGGUGCUUACUAGGGGCCAAAAAAUCUAGUGAUUCUAUGUUGCCGAAGAAAAUACAUUUAGCUGACGGGAGGUUAUGGUAUGCUGUCAAAGAUAUACCGUCCAUAUUUUCAACUUUGGAUGACAAUGGCUACGAUUCUUAUAUGAUAGUCGCUGGUAAUACUGGACGAGGCGUUCGUCCAAUAAAGUUCUUCCCUAAAAUAUUAAUUGAUGUAAGCAACGUUACAGAACUUACUGCUCAUUAUUUAGACGUGAAUCUUGUGCUCGGAGGUAACAUUACGUUGACUGAAACAAUGAAUCUCUUUCACGAGUUAUCUAAAACAAACGACGAUUUCUGGUAUUUGAAAAUAUUGCACAGGCACAUGGAACGCGUCGCUCAUAUACCAGUUCGGAAUAUUGGCACUUUGGCUGGCAAUUUGGCGGUAAAAAAUAGACACCCAGAUUUUCAAUCGGAUAUAUUCCUCUUAUUCGAUUGCAUUGGAGCGACCGUUACCUUGGUUGACCGCCAACAAAAUUAUACAGAAAUGACACUCACAAACUUUUUGUCGACCGACUUAACAGGAAAACUUAUAAAGCAAAUUAAAUUACCGCCACUGUCAAGAAACUAUGAAAUGGUUACAUAUAAGAUAACACCGAGAGAACAGAACGCUCAUGCUGAAGUGAACGCAGCGUUUUUAUUUAAAUUUGAUCCUCACACUCACCGCGUGGUAGAAGCGUCUAUAGUGUACGGAGGGAUUAAUCCAUCAUUUUCUCAUGCCUACGAAACUGAGAAGCAUUUAGUGGGCCAGUUUAUUUUUACAAACGAAGUGGUACAAAGCGCUUUAAGCUGCUUAGACUCUGAAAUUCAUCCUGAUAUUAAUCCACCGGACCCUUCACCAUCGUUUAGAAAAAAACUAGCAUUGAGUCUUUUUUAUAAGGUUUGUUUAAUUUAUACUGCAAACAUAUUGUAGUUAUAAUGUGUUAAUAUAUAUCUAUAAAUAU